AUGGCGGCGCGAUUACGCUACUACUCGCCUGCGCCGAUGACAACCAUAGCGCUGGAUUGGUUCCUGGUAGAGUGCGAUGGCGAGGUUUGCCCGAUCCUGGGGACUGCUUUGAUGGCAGGGGAUGCGCAGGAGACGGGGUUUCUUGCUGGCGAGAUGCAGGAUAAGGGGCUUUUCGUGUCAUCACAUCGAAACUGGUCCUUGUCUGUCAGAGGGAAGCAAGUAACGGCCGUCCCCUUGGAUGCGCAGCGGUGUGUCUUCCAGCUUAUGGACACCCUCAUCGUCUAA